UUUUUUUUAACGAUUUGUAGUUUGAUUUUAGAUUAAGUUUGUUCUUCGCUUUGUUUGUGAGGUCAUUGGUUUUUCUUGGUCUGUUGUAGGUAGUCGUCAUGCAAAGCUGUUGACUUAUGUUGCAAAAGACUGUUGACUUUUUGGCGGUCUCGGCUUCGGUUAGAGGCCAGAGAAAGUAGCCAUAGCAAAAGUUUACCUUCACGUGACAAGGUGGGAGGGAAAAAAAGGUAUGCGGCGUCUUGGUGCUUGGAUCACGAUCGAAAGAUUGCAGAGUGGUGUAAGGUAUUAAGGGCACGACAACUUACACACAGAGUGGACACUGUAGAUUGAAUUCUUCACAUAUUUCUGUCAUCUACCAGCAACGGAGAUACGUCUGCAUUUCGUUCACGUGAUACCUGAGCUUUGACACGUGAUAUAGGUUUAAAAAAAUUAACAGAUUGGUGCACCAGAGUUAUUAUUUAGUCCUUUCGAGACUUGUCGUGACAUAUACGCUCUUGCCAAGAACAAACCUGUUAGAGCAGAUUCACUCUUCCGUAGCCAUCGAUUUUGUUCUUGAAGUUUUGCUCGCCAGUGAGCAAGAGAGUUUCCGUUCAGGGACCUCAGGGGCCGAGAAGGUGGGAAGUCAAACCACAUGUCCCACAAGCUGCAGUGGCCCCCGAAGUCGGCCGACUGCAGCCAGCAGGACAACGUGACGCGGUUCAAGACGUGCGAGGAGGUGCAUGCCGCGCUCACGCCCGCGACGGCUGUCAUCACCACCGCCGCCGCCGCAGUUGCAGCAGCAGCAGCUGUGCCUUUUGACCCGGACACCACAGCGACGUCAUCGACGACGACCGUCAAGACGGGCAAGUUCCAGUCCAAGCCGGGGUACAGCAGAAUGUGGGAGGACCCUGUCGGGGAUAGGAACGCCGUUCCACUCUACAACCGCCUGAACUUCUCCACGGUUCCUCGCAAGACAGCCAACAAGAAGACAUGGUACCUGGUGCACAACACCUAUGCCAGCCUCCAGAGCGCCGGCGGCCCGCUGCAGCACCCUCACCCCGCCGCCUGUGGCCCCCACCCCCUGGCAGCGUCGCGCAUGGCGGACGAGGCUCCCGGCGACGAGUUCCGAGCCCACAACCACGCGGAGCGCCUGAUGCGCAAGAUGGAGACGUGCGCCUCGCAGCGCCAGCUGUGCGACGUGGUGCUGGUGGCUGGCACCCGCCGCCUGCCCGCCCACCGCCUGGUGCUGUCCGCCGCCUCCGACUACUUCGCCGCCAUGUUCAUGCACAACGUGCGCGAGGCCAGCAUGCAGGAGGUCGAGAUCAAGGACGUUGACCCCGAGGCGCUGGCUGCCCUCGUGCAGUACACGUAUACAGGCCGCAUUGAGCUGAAGGAAGAGACAGUGGAGGCUUUGCUGUCAACGUCCAGUCUUCUGCAGCUGUCUGAAGUUGUAGAAGCUUGCUGUAGUUUUCAUGAGCAGCUGCACCCCUCCAACUGUAUUGGGAUUCGGCAGUUUGCAGAUGCUCAAGGCUGUACUGAUCUGUACAAGGUUGCCAAUAAUUAUGUCAUGGAGAACUUUGUUGAAGUGAUGAAGAACCAGGAAUUUGUCUUGCUGCCCUGUGAAGAGGUGUGCACACUAAUGGCCAGUGAUGACCUCAAUGUCCCCAAUGAAGAGACCAUCUUUCAAGCACUGGUACAGUGGGCACGACAUGACCUGACCAACCGCCGCAAACAUCUUGCCAAACUCCUGUCCCACAUAAAGUUGCCUCUCAUGGCGCCUCAGUUUAUUGCUGACCAUGUUGAGACAAACUCGCUAUUCAGAGAUGACCGUGAGUGCCAGCAACUCAUCAUGGAGGCUCUCAAGUACCACUUGCUCCCAGAGCGGCGCUCCUCCUUCCAAAGUCCGCGCACCAAGCCACGCAAGUCAACCGUCGGCAUGCUGUAUGCUGUUGGAGGCAUGGAUUGCACCAAGGGGGCCACAAGCAUAGAGAAGUAUGACCUCAGGACAAACACCUGGACACAAGUAGCCAACAUGAGUGGACGCCGUCUCCAGUUUGGUGUUGCAGUACUGGAGGAUCGCCUGUAUGUUGUGGGAGGAAGAGAUGGACUGAAGACACUUAACACUGUAGAGUGUUAUGAUCUGAAAAAGAAAGUCUGGACAUUGAUGCCUCCAAUGUCCACACACAGACAUGGGCUAGGUGUUGGUGUGCUUGAGGGACCAAUGUAUGCAGUUGGUGGGCAUGAUGGCUGGUCAUACUUGAAUACUGUGGAGCGCUGGGAUCCACAGGCUCGUCAGUGGAGCUAUGUUGCACCCAUGUCCACUGCUCGCAGCACCGUUGGAGUGGCCUCCCUUUUCGGAAAGCUGUAUGCUGUUGGCGGUCGUGAUGGUAGCUCAAGUCUGAAGUCUGUGGAGUGCUUUGACCCACACACAAACAAAUGGACUCACUGCUGCCCCAUGGCUAAGCGAAGAGGAGGUGUGGGUGUUGCAACCUGCAGUGGUUUUCUGUAUGCUGUUGGCGGGCUCGAGGCACCUGCCAGCAAUCCCAAUUGCAGCCGCUUUGACAGUGCAGAAAGGUAUGACCCCAAAACAGACCAGUGGACCAACAUCUCACCUAUCUGUUCUCCACGAGACGCUGUCGGCCUCUGUCCACUUGGGGACAAAUUGUUUGCUGUAGGAGGCUAUGAUGGACAGCAGUACCUUAACGAUGUGGAGUGUUAUGACCCCAUUACAAAUGAGUGGUUCAAGGUGUCUUCGCUUUGCACAGGGCGAGCAUGGGCUUGUGUUGUUCAUGUGCCAAACAGCUGACUACGUGCCAAAGGAUCCCUGUCUAUUCUUCGAAAAUGGCCUUCUGGCCUGUUGGCUUUGAAACGUUCCAAGACCGUUCUUGAGUCGUGGACUUGAAACUUAGCUUGCUGCUGUCAAACUAAAGAAGCUGGCCUUUGUCUAAAGUUGUCUGUAAGAGUUUUAUAAGUGUUUAUAAUGAAAGUGCAUUUUUAGUCCUUAUUAUGAAUAGAUUUAAACUGCCACUGGAACACAUUAGUAUCACCAAAAAAAAAAAAGAGGGGGAACAAAUGUAGACAGAAGUUUACAGAAAUGAAAGCAGUAUUUCAGGAAUAUGAUCCAGUAAUAAUAGAUGAAGACAAUGAAUAGAUAGCAUAUUCUUGUGAAAGAGCUUUUUUAUAUAUAAGAAGCUGCUUGAUGUUGUACGACAUUAAGUUCAUGACAGCUAUGGACAAAAUUAGAGUAAUUUAGUCAGACAUUCCAGGAUCUGUUUCCUAGGUAAUGACAUCAGGCCAAUCAUCACUUAAUCACUACUGUUUCUCAGGGAGCAAAUUCUCUUUCCAUUUAUUAUAAUCAGCAUCUCAGAAAGUUUGGGACAAGAAUGCCAGCAAGCAUUUGUUAGACAAUGAGAGGAAAUUGGAGACAGGGAUCCCAUGGAGUGACAGUGUUACUAGUCAACAUCUUUUGUGAGGUUUUGAGAGAAGUGUAGGCCUUAAGAGGCCUCGAGAGAAAGCCUUGAUUGUUUAAAGUUCCUGGUGAGUCUUUAACAAGUGCCAAAAAACACCAAAGAUCUGUUCAGGAAAGCCUACAGAGAGUUCAUUUGAUUUGGUUAUCAUCAGAAUGAAUAUAGCUGUUCCAAAGGUCUUGGUCAUACCUAAGAAGACCUGUGGACUGUGGCCAGAUAUACUGUUUGCCACCUAAUGAAAUGUAUUGAGAAAGGAACCUUCAGACUCCUGAAAGUACAAGAGCUGGAGGGAGGAAAAGGAUGACAAUGUUAAUAAAAGUGAGUCUUUCUUAAUGUGCCUUUCUGAUAAGGGAAUGGAGUUGAACCAGGCUGGACAUAUUGUUGAGAAACAUGCCAAAAUUUGAAUCAACUUUGCAUACAAUAAAAUACAAGGAGAAAAAAGUACAAAUCUUUAUUGCAUAACCUCAUGAAAAAGAUGAACUUCUUGCCAUUUGUUUUUUUUCCAGGGAAGAAAUGAUGACUGGUAAUAAUUUGACAGAAAUUUCUAAAACUUUAUAAAUAAAAGUACAAAAAUUAUGUGAGUCUACAAGAGUGGAUAACACAGCAUUUUGGGGGCAGGAAAUCCAUAUUUCUGUGAUUUCCAUCAUCAAAGUUAUGAAUACCAGUUUUGAAAUUUUGACUGUGCUUAAAUGAGUGUGUAAUUCAAGGAGGAUGUUUGCAGACGGCCUUAUUCUGUCCACAUAAGUGUGUUGUGUGCCAUGGUCAUAACUCUUGCUUGUAUGGAGAAUUCAUGAAAAUAUUGGACAUGGCAGACAGAAUCUAGACUUGAACUGCAUGGAGAUGACAGUCACUGAACAAAUAGUGUGUCAUCGCUGUUGUGCAAACUUUCAUGUUGUGACUUGCCAGCUCUUUCGUACAAAGAAAACCAGGCCAGUGUGGAAACUAGAACUGCUGAUAUCAAUCUCAACCACACAAAACAAUUGACCUUCCAUUGCUAUUUUUAAAUUCACUGUAAAUAAUCUAACCUCAGUCAUGGGAAGUCAGCCAUCAGUUUGUAGCUCAUGUCAACAUGUCAUCUAUUUUCUCUUGUCUUCUUUUUUUUUCCAAAUAGAUCAUGAGGUUUAAUUGUUGUCUUUGUAUCUAUUGCUGUGAGUCAUUGGACUUGAAAAAAAUUGCACAAAGAACAAGUGUGGGGUGCGUCUAUUUUUCUUUUUUUACCUCCAUCCAUAAGAGAAGUGCUUGUAGAUACCCAGAUCUUUUAAAAUCAAGCUGUGGAUCUCAAAUCAUACUCUUGUCUGCCAGCAGCUUUAUUUUGCCAUGCACCUUUUUUUAUGAAAAUGAAUGUUUCAUUGAUUUUUAUUUUCUUCAUACUGUCAUUUUGUGCAGAGCGACCUUUUCAUAUUGUGCAUGAACAGAUUUUAUAUUUUCCACUCCUAUUUUUGAUAUAGUUAGCUUGACUUUAGAAACAAGCCAGCCACAAUAUGCAUUCCUUUCCUUCUGAAUCAGCUUCAGUAGAGAUGGAUUAAAUUCUGUAACAACAGGUAAAAAGGCUGGAAAAGAUACCAACAUUCAUCCCUCAUGUAUUGAGUGCUCAGCCAGCUGAAAGCUUGUGACCCAGAGACAGGUUUUUGUGACAGUUUACUCCAGAUUGUGAAUAGUGCUCUAAAAUAUGUUUAGAUUGCUCAUUGUUAUUGCUCUCUGCCUGAAUUGGUGCUCCAAGAACAUAACCAUUGGCAAGUGCCUUAGCCACAAAAUCCCAAUUGAUUUAGCUCUGUGCGCAGAGUAGGCAGUUUGUAUAUAUUUUCAUACAAGUUUUCUCCAGUGUUCCGGAAUAAUGGUCAUUCAAUCUAUGAAAGGAAAUGCCUUGUCUAGUUUACUCCUCAUUUGUGUGGUAAGUUAGAGUGUGGUACUACUGAACAAGUUAAAGUAAAAGAGUUUUAAACCACAUUGCAAUUUUUUUCUGGUGGCAAUAUUAUUUUUAAAAAAGGUAAAUUUUUGCACAUGUUGUCAUUCUAAUGGGAAAUUGUAGGUACCAUGACUUUUUUCUUCAGGUCUUUUAUUUUUUCUUUGUUGACAACAACGAAACCUGUAAAUGAUUAAAGAAAAAUUGUUAGGACACUAACUAUAACAUUCAGCAAAGUUUUGGCAUUGCAGUACAAAUGCUUUUUUUUUUUUCAUGCAGUACAAUUUAGUAUGUAAUUACUGGUUGAUGGAGGAUAUUAAAUAACUGUAAUACCAAGUUUAAACAAAACUCCUAGGUUUUAGUGUUUUAAUGUCUUUUGAAGUGUGGGAUAUUGCCUGCCGAUAUGGAACUUGUCUUUUGUGCAGAUUUUUUUCCUAUUUUAAUGCCAACUCCUAAGAAAAAAUUUUCAAGUGUGGGAGUUGCCUGCUGAUUUGAGGGUUAUUAUUCUUUGAUAGGGAUAUUCAUCUGAAUGACUAGCAGCGAAACACUAGGGAAGAGAAAAUUUAGUUGUGUGUGAUAUUUUCUUUUUGUCUGCAUGUAUGCUCAUUGUAGAGACUCAUUACAUCAAGUGCCUUCUGCCUAUUUUAAAUGUCAUUUUAAACCAAAUGAAUGUGCACAUUACUUCUGCCCCACAUUCAUCAAUUCUGCAAAGUUUGGUUUAAUUGAUGGUGAUACAUGGUCUGAUGUCUUCGAUAAUGCCAUCAUUUAGGAUUACAAUUUUUCUUUCUUUGUGUUUGUCCUGGCAUUCAAGCUGGUUGCGUGAGUGAUAGCUUUAUGUGGUGAAAGGUGAAGUAAUGAUGCUGCCGGUCUGUCAGUGCAUUGACAUUGCUGUCAGAACUGUGACUGCUAAGAGUUGUGGUUACUGCCAGUUUCCCACAAGGUGGCAUGGUGUGUUUAGCUUUUUCUUUUAGCUUACUCCAUCAAUUUAAACUUGCAUGCUAUAAAUGCACAAAAAAAUGUUGUGUCCACCAAUGCUAUUAGAAAAAAUAACUGGUUUUUCAGUUCUAAGAGAGUGAUAGGUAAUGGUUUCCAAUGCUGAGCUGUGCUGUGUGUGUAAAGCACUUAUUUUAAAAAGGAUUUUACUGUCUUCUAAAUGUUUCUUCUGAAACAUAUUAGGAGAUGUAAAUGUUUAUUGAGCUUUGAACUAAUAUAAUGUGGCAGCUUUAGUUCACAUUUGCUUGAUUUUGCUUAGACUUUUUUCAACUAAAAUAAUUUGCAUGUGAAUUGUGUCACAGCUUCAUGCUAGAGGUAUGAUACAUCAAUACUUCUCUUCAGACAUUUUCCAGUGUAUGUGAAUAACUAAAAUGUAAUAUUGAGAUAAUACAUGUGGAUAACAGAAGAAGAGCACAAUUUACAGCAGUAAACGGGGACCCAAAAUAGUUGAUCCCUUUGUUGGAGGAGCUGCUCCCCUUUGGCCACCUAAAAUGCUCAUUCAUUGUAAACCUUAACCUGUUUGCUCUUAACCCCACCCAACUGCCUUUUCCCCACACUUGUCCCACACCUUUGGCAGUGUGUGAGCCCUUUAUGAGGAUCAGUUCUAAUUCUACGUUCCAUCAUUUGACCACAAAGACAAAACUACUUAAUUAACAGGAUGUUUCAUCAUAUUUUGUUGAACACUGACUUGAUUUGGCAAGCUUGAGAUGCUGGUCUACCUCGUGUCUUCUCACUGCUCACUGAUUUUGAAUUGAUCAGAUAUUAACUUCUGUUACAAUAAACCCUCACAUAUUUGCCUCAAUUCAGUUGGUCAGGGCAUUCCAAUUCAGGCAUAACAUCUGGUCUCACAAACUUACUAAUCUUGAUGUUUUCUGAUUUAAAUAUUUUUUUAUUGUUGCUUUAUUGUUUUUGUUUUUUUGGGUAGGUGUUCAGUAGACAUUUCACAGCACAUAAGUUCAUAAGCACAUGCAUCAGGAAAUAUUAGUUACAUUUUUAGUGUUUUUCCUUAUUUCUUUGUUGCAAUAUUAUUGCACUGAAGGGGCGGUUUUGUGUCCCACCCACUUCUCCCCAUGAUCACCAAACCUGGUGGAUAGCUGUUAAGCAGGACAAAGCAGAGAGGGGGGAGAUUAUACCUUUACUGCUAUUUAAUCAGUUUGUCUACAUCAAAUUUUAGUAUUGUCUAAGAAGGGCAUAGGCUGAAGUGCAGUUCA